AGCCCGCAGCACCCGCGCUCUGAGAGCCCUGUCGUGAUCCUUCAGGAUGCACAAACUGCCCCCAAAGGGUCGCCCACCGGAGGGCACAAGCCUGAGACCACCCGUGUCAUCACCAAGGAUGUCAUCCGUGACCUCGUCAUCCCUGCAGAGAACCCAGCAGCCUCCCUCAUCAUCGGGAGGGAGGAUUUCCAGCGCAUCCAGGCGGCAGCUCGAGUCCUGAGCCAGGAGGAGCGUGAGGCCAAGCUGGCAGCCCUCAAAGCGGAGAAGAAAGCGGCUCUCGAGGCGCUGAGGGAGCGCAAGAGCGCGGCCAAGCAGAAGAUGAUCCUGCAGCAGCAGACGGGGGGGCUGAGCGAGCUGGAGGAGGAGGCACGGGAGCGAGCCCAGCACCUGCUGCAGCGGGCGAACAGGAUGCGCAUGGAGCAGGAGGAUGAGAUCAGGCAGUUCAGCGAGAUGAUCCUCAGAGCCAAGUGCCACAUGAUCCGGGACACGCAGAUCCUGGAGAAGCGGCUCAUCGCCAAAGAGCUGGAGGAGGAAGAGAAACGCCUGGACAAGAUGAUGGAGGUGGAGAGGGAGAAGGCCAACGAGCUGCAGGAGGAACUGGAGCGCAGGAGGAAGCAGGAGAUGAUCAGGGGGAGGCAGGAGCUGACGAAGCAGGUGGAGCAGAACGCGGAGCAGCGGGCGCUGAGGGACGCGCAGAGGGACCAGGAGGAGCAGGAGCUGAUGCAGCACCUGGAGCAGCUGAAGAUGGAGGAGCUGAAGGACCUGGAACGGAAACAGGAGCAGCAGAAGAAAAUCCAGGCUGAGAUUAAACGCGUCAAUGAUGAGAACAGGAAGCUCAAGGAGCAGCAGCAGGAGCAGGAGAGGUUGGCGGACGAGCAGGACGCGCUGAGGGCCAAGCGCAUCCAGGAGGCCGCCGAGCGCGAGUGGCGGCGCAGGGAGAAG